GGACCGUGAGAGAAAAAUAGAUUGAGAAGUCCUCACAACGAGCUUGUCUUAAAAACAUUUGCGUAUUUUCAUUAAAAUUAAUUAAAAGAAUCAUUAUUUUGUGAAAAAAUGGACGUGGAAAUGAUGCCAGCACCAACUGAAAGCAGGAAAAGAAAGUCAACAGCAACAACAGAUCAUAAUAGUGAGAAUGUCAAGAUACAGAGAAUAAUGAAUACACGAAAAAUUGCAGUUCCAAUUCAUAGGAUAGCACCAUUAAAGGAUAACUGGAUGAAGAUAUUUAGUCCAGUAGUUGAGCAAAUGAAGUUACAGAUUCGAUAUAAUAUCAAGACUCGCCAAGUUGAGAUCAGACAGCCACAAAAGGAAUUGACAGACAGUGAUGCAAGUCUCCAAAAAGCUACAGAUUUUGUGAAAGCAUUCAUUUUAGGUUUUGAAGUUGAGGAUGCACUUGCAUUAUUAAGAUUAGAAGAUCUUUUUGUUGAAUCAUUUGAAAUUAAGGAUGUCAAGACACUUAGAGGAGAUCACUUGAGUCGAUGUAUAGGACGAUUGGCAGGCAAAGGAGGAAGAACAAAAUUCACAAUAGAAAAUGUUACAAAAACACGUAUAGUCUUGGCAGAUUCUAAAAUUCACGUCCUUGGCUGCUAUAAAAGUAUUCAGCUAGCAAAAAGAGCAAUUAGUAACUUGAUUCUGGGUUCCCCUGCCUCAAAAGUCUAUGGAAAUUUAAGAAAUGUUGCUGCAAAAGUAUCGGAUUCAUUGUAAAGCACUAGAUUAUUUUUUUUUGUUGAUAUCGUAAUUUUUAUUGGAAAUUCAAGAGAAAAAUUAUUUUUACACUUAUUACAAAGGAUAUCCGACAAUGAAUUAAUUAAUUUUGUGUGUAUAAAAGUCAUACAAUCGAAAAGAAAUUCAAUAAAAAUGAAAUCUAUCACAA